UUUACUACUAUACAAGCAAGCUGAUUCUGCGUUAUUAAUUAUUUACAUCUGAAAUUAAGAAGGAUAAAUUUUCUCAUGGCUCUUGCUGCUAGUAGUUUCAUACAAAUGUCAUUGGUGCGAACAACCAAUUAUAAAUCUUCUCCUAAAAAACCUAUGACUGUUACCAUAACAUGUGCCAACCAUAUAUAUAAAGGAAAAAGAGGUGAAAGAAGCAGAAAUGGAGGGUAUGGACCUGGCCCACAGACGAAUAGUAUUAAACUCCAAAGCACAACAAUGACAAGAAAUAUUCAGCUUGACAACACUCAUGCCACAACAAUCUUGAGUAGUGUCAACGAUGAAGAUGAUCACAACACAAGUAGUCCUAAAAGGAUUGCCAACUUAGAUUAUCAUUAUGAAAUAUGAAUUGAGUGUGCAUAUUUAUUGUUAUUUUUGACAAAAAAAAUCACCAUGAUAUCAACAAGUUGUAAUUAUUAAUGAUAGAAACUGUUAUCAAAGAAUGUAUUUACAGAAUAACAAUACAAGUUUAUUGAAAAAUCUCUAAAUCAAGUAGAGUAGGAUUAGGAAACUGCUUGUAUACAGUUCCAAAUCAACUUAUGUCUCAUAUAUCCAAAACACCACAUACUUACACUAGCAGUAACCACCUACAGCCCAUAUGUGGUGCAUAAUUUGCAAAAUACACCAUACAUUAUUCACUAUUUAUCUUCCCCAAAAAGAAGUAUGGAUUCCCUAUAGUUACAUUUUUC